UUGUGAUGGAUGGAUGUGGAUGGAUGCAUGCAUGGCGGGUGAGGGUGCUGAUUGUGCCUGCUAGCAACACGCGCAUCACGCGGAGCAGUUUUGGCCGUUCUGUUCGAGGCGCCUGUGAGGGAGGGUGCGCUCGAAUCAACGAACCAGCGCAGCCGCGCUCCGUAGCCGGGUCAAAAAAAAAUUUGAUGUACAGCUUUAGUUUUGGGGUUGGGGCCUAUAGAAAAAGGGUCUGUCUAGGACACAUCUAGAUGUGACAAGCUGAUGUCCACUCUGUUUGUGGUCUAUUUUUUUUAGUUUUUUUCUAUUUCUUGUUGUUGCAUUAUACAUUGUGGGAGCUUAGAUGUGACAUCCUUAAAUAACAUCUAGAUGUGAAUUAGACAAACUGAUGGAAAAAACACGCCUGAAAUGGGAUGUGAAAGUGGGCUCAUUUUAUUCUCGGGUUGAGCUGGGCUGGGCAAAUCAAUCGGUCCAAUCACACACCCCUAAAAAACAAUCGAUCAGAUCACACGGCCGAACAACGAUCACGCGCGCGCCGGACACCGGAGCGGACGGCACGGGUGCCAAACAGUGGCACGGACGCGUGGGCUCACGCUGUGCAGCGAGUGAACUGGCCAACGUUACAUCGAACCGACGCUGGCCGCACUGGACUUCUUUUUUUUUUUCCCAAUUUCUGAUCGGGACAGCACGAUCAACGCGCUCCGGUGUCCCAACGAACCAAGCCCGCACUGCCGAUCGCGAACGAGCGACUCCACCGCCACCGCCACCCUGCGGCGGCCCACGACGUCUCUUCUGCGUUUCGCGGCCAGACAGAUGGCCGGAAGGUGAGGCCGAUCGCCUGCCGGUGGCGGCGGAGGUGACUGGGGUUAUGGAGGGCGGUGGCGCUGGCGGGGAGGUGGAUGCGGACGCGCUGGAGUACACGCCGACGUGGAUCGUCGCGGGGGUCUGCUCCCUCAUCGUGACCAUCUCCCUCGCCGCCGAACGAUGCCUCCAUUACCUCGGCAAGACGCUCAAGAGGAAGCACCAGAAGGCGCUCUUCGAGGCCCUCCUCAAGGUGAAAGAAGAGCUGAUGCUUCUGGGGUUCAUCUCUCUGCUGAUGACGGUGUCGCAAGACGUGAUCCAAAGGACAUGCAUCCCUCCCAGCUGGACCAACUACUUGCUGCCCUGCAAGAAGAUGGAGGAGCAUUCUGUUGCCGCUCUCGGCGGUCGCAGGCUGCUUCCUAGGAAUGCGCCGCGGUCCGACCAUUGCAGAAACAAGGGAAAAGUUCCUUUGCUGUCGCUCGAAGCGUUACAUCAGUUGCAUAUUUUCAUUUUUGUUCUGGCCAUCACCCAUGUGAUUUUCAGUGUUCUGACCAUGGUUUUAGGAGGCGCCAAGAUUCGCCAAUGGAAACAAUGGGAGACUGAAAUUCAUAAAAACAAUGCAGGAAACGGACCUAAGAAGUUGACCAACGUUCAACAAUUUGAAUUUAUCAGGGAACGUUUUAAUGGUGUUGGCAUGGAGUCUACGGUGUUGAGCUGGAUGCAUUCUUUUGUUAAGCAGUUUUAUGCGUCAGUCACUAAAUCGGACUACGCGACCAUGCGACUCGGUUUCAUCAUGACGCAUUGCCGAGGAAACCCAAAAUUUGGCUUUCACAGAUACAUGGUGCGGGCUCUGGAGGCUGAUUUCAAGAAGGUAGUUGGCAUAAGGUGGUACCUGUGGAUAUUCGUGGUGAUAUUCAUGUUGCUGAACGUCAAUGGCUGGCACACCUACUUCUGGAUCUCCUUCCUUCCUCUCAUCCUGCUGCUGGCCGUGGGCACGAAGCUGGAGCACGUGAUAGCUCAGCUGGCGCACGACGUCGCGGAGAAGCACUCGGCGAUCGAGGGCGACCUGGUGGUGAACCCGUCGGACGAGCACUUCUGGUGCGGUAAGCCGAGGGUGAUCCUCUACCUGAUCCACUUCAUCCUCUUCCAGAACGCCUUCGAGAUCGCGCUCUUCUUCUGGAUCCUCGUAAGUGUCCUCUGCAAAGUACAUAUCAGUAGAAGAGAAAAGAAGAGAGGAUGGAUGCUAGUGACUAACUGUGUCUCUGUUGGGUUUUCCUUUUGCCAUUUGCAAGACCACCUACGGCUUCAACUCGUGCAUCAUGGACCACGUCCCGUUCAUCGUGCCGAGGCUCGUCAUCGGGUGGGUGGCAAUCCAUCGUCUCACUCUUCUCAUUAUGAAGAAAAAGAAGCAAGCAAACAGCCAUGUUUUUCAAGUUCAGGCUCAAAGACAGCUGUUGGUUUUGCCCUUUGCUUGCAGGGUCGUCAUCCAGCUGCUGUGCAGCUACAGCACCCUGCCGCUGUACGCGAUCGUGGCGCAGAUGGGGACCUUCUUCAACAAGGAGAUCUUCGACGAGCACAUCCAGCAGGGGCUGGUGGGGUGGGCGCAGAAGGCCAGGAUGAGGACAGAGUUAUCCAAGGAUGCUGCUGCCGCAGCCGCGGCCGGACCCACCAGGCACGGCGCGUCCUCCCGGCUGGAGAUGCUGCGGCGAGCCGCCGCCAUGAUGCAGUGCCGCCGCUCACUGCCAAGGUAGAUUGAAGUGUCAUGUAUCAGUAAGACACAAUCUAGCGGGAACGGCAACUGGUUACACCUCAGGAGAAUGAUAUAGGCUUGGUUUUGCUUUAGUAAACUGCCAAAGAGCAACAAGUGUAUAGUACUUAUAGCUGAUAAUAGUACAAGAUACCAGUAUCACAUUUUUUUUA